AUGAAUGAAACAUAUUAAAGUCUGGUUUAAUAAUAUUUUGAAAAAUUGAAAAAAGUGCUUCCUCAAAAACAAAACUAUUUAAAAGAGACUCUUUCAAAAUUCUAAGGAUAAGAUAAAUAAUGUUUUGGAGAUCACAUCGUUGCUUUUAAAUCAGGAAUGCAAAUAAAAUAAAGUAAAAUUAAGGAAUUGACUUUAUCAACCCUAAUUGUAUAAUUUAAUUACAUUAUAGAUAUUAGUAUCAAAAGGUUAUAUUGAUGGAUGUUUAAUGGAUAAUACAAAUAACUUUUAAUAAUUUGAAACGAUGGAAAUUAUAGAUGCUACAGGGAAAAAAAAAGAAUAAUAGAUGAAUGUGAUAGAAUCAUUAAUACAUCUUGUGUAAUAAUGCUUGGUAGAAAAGGAUGAAAUAAUUUCAUUAGCAUUAAAAUUUUUGAUAUCACUUGUAAUGAAUCCUUUUUGUAAUAUGUAAUAACAUGAGUUAACAAAAAUUAUUAAAACUGUUGUGUAUGUUUAUGCACAAUCAAAGUCUUAAAAUAUUGAUAGAUUAUGCAAAAGCAUUUUCUUAUAAAUAAUAUUAAUAACAUUUUAAGGAAGUAAUUGUGAAAGCAUUGUUAAGAUGACUUUAAAUAGUAUAAUAAAUAAAGUUUCAGAUAAUAAAUAAUGUUAAUAUUGUGGAAAACAAGGGAAAUUCGAAUGUAGAUAAAAUAAAGUAACAGUGUGUUCUUAUGGAUGCAAGAAGAAUAUUUAAGAGACUUUAGAAUUACAAUAGAGAAAUUAUGAAAAUGCUUAGAAUGUCUUUGAUUUGCUGAUUAGACUCUUAUCUCCAAAAUAGUAAUUUCAAUAAUAAAGAAAUCAAAUAAUUUUACUAGAGGGUAUUUAUUUCAUUUGUGACAAUUAUGAUUCCUGUGUGGAAACUAAAAGUAUAUACAAUUUAAGUUCAUAUUUGUUGAAAUUCUGUUUACAAAAUGAAUACUAGUUAUACUCAUUAAGUUUUAAAAUCUUUUAAAGAUUGACAUUUAGUAAACAUAAAGAAAUGAUAAACUAAAUUAAUAUCUUUAUUAACUAAAUCUAUCUCAGUAUUCUCGAAAAUAAAAAUACUACCGAUUAACAUAAAACAACAACAUUAGAAUCUUUAUGGAAUAUAUUUCAAAGAAAACACGCCUCUCUUGAGUUUUACUUGAAUUACGAUUGCAGCAUAAAGCAUGAAUUUUUAAUGGAAAAUAUCAUUAAUACAUUACAUAUUAUCUUUUAAUAAAAUGAAUAAUUUCGUCCAUUGAUUACAUAAAUAUAUCAAGCAAUAAUUAUAGGCAUAGAUUAAACCUUUAAUGAAAAGGCUAUCAAUGUUUCUUAAUAGGAGUAAUAAUAGCCUUAAGAUAUUGAUGAAACUAUAUUUAUAAACUAAUUAGAAAUGUAAAGAUAAUAAAAAUAAGAAAUAUAAAAAGGAGUAUAUCUCUUUAAAAAAAAUCCUGAAAAAGGAAUGUCAUUUUUAAUAAAGGCAAAUAUUAUAUAAAAUGAUCCAGCUUCCAUUGCUAGAUUUUUAUUAGAGAAUAAAAGUUUACCAAAGGAAUCUGUAGGUUAAUAUCUAGGUGGUCAUCAUUAAAUUAAUAUAUAAGUUUUAAGUCAAUAUACUAAUUUUUUAACUUUUCAUAAUUUAUCUGUAGAAUAAGCUUUAAGAUAAUAUUUGGAUUUAUUUACUUUACCUCCAGAAUCAUAGUAGAUUGAUAGAGUUGUGUAAAAGUUUGCAGAUAAAUUCUAUGAAGACAACUAAAAUAAUUAGAAUUUCCACUUUAAAUCUAGUAGCAGCAUUUAUACUUUUACAUAUCUUUUAGUAAUGUUAUAAACAGAUUUACAUAAUCCUAAAGUUGUUGAGAAAAUGAAAUUAACAGACUUUAUAAAACUAGCUAGAUAAAUAAAUGAUGGUGAAGAUUUACCUUAAGAAUAUCUUACAAUUACUUAUCAUUCAAUUUAAAAAAAUCCACUUGCUGUUAGAGAAUCUGAUACAUCAAUGAAUCCACUUACACCUAACUAAUAUUAAAAAUAGAUGGAAGAACUCUUAAAGAAAAUUAAAGAAUUAAUAAAAAGAUAAUCUGAUACUAAUUAUAUAUAAAUAGAUUAAGAAACAAUAUUGUUAUCUAAGGGUCUUCUUGAAUCAUUUUCAGGCAAAUUUUUAGAAAUUUUAUUAGUUACUUUUGAAAGUAAUCUUAAUGGUGAUGCUAUUAUAAAAAGUAUACUUUAAUUGAUUAGAUUAUCUUCUAAAUUAUCAAUGAAAAUAGAAAAUCUAGUAUAAGAUGUUGUAAAAGUUGGUUUAAAUAGUAUAAAGAAAGGAAAUGGUAUGUUAAUGAUUGGUUUAUUAUCUAUAAUUCCAAUAAUUGGUAAUUCUCUACAUGAAUAAGGAUGGAAAUGUGUUUUAGAGGCAGUGAGUUUAAUGGAUGAACAAAGAUAAUUAGAUUCAGAUCAUACAGAUAAAGUGUUUAUGUGUUCAAAAGAUUUAGAUAAUUCAUCAAUUGAGGAAUUUAUUAUUCAACUAUGUUAAUUAUCAAAAUAAGAAAUAUUUUAAAAACAUAGAAUAUAUUCAUUAUAAAAACUUGUUGAAGUUAGUGAUUAUAAUAUGGAUAGAGUAAAAGUCAUAUGGAAUAGAUUAUGGUCUAUUGUAAGUAAUCAUAUUUAAGAAGCUGUUGCAAUUAGAGUUAAAUCCAUUACUAUUUUUGCUGUUGAUUCAUUAAAAUAACUGAAUAUCAAAUUCUUAUAAAAAGAAGAAUUAUAUAAUAUUCAAUUUUAAAGAGAGGUAUUAAAACCAUUUGAAAUAAUUUACAUAAAUAGUGAUAUUGAUGAAAAAGAGUUUGUAUUAUUAUGUGUUAAGUAAAUUCUCCAAAAUAGUAAGACAUACAUAAAAAGUGGAUAUAAAGUAAUAUUUAAUCUAAUUAAUCUUGGAUUAAAAGAAGAAAAUGAUAAAAUAUCUAAAUUAGCAUUUGAUCUAUUAAAAUUCAUUGAAAUAUAAGAAUUGAUAUUGAUUGAUUUGAUUUAAACUUAUUAAAUAUUAGGUAAAAAGGAUAAUGAAUAUAUGGCAAUAAAUUCAAUAGAAUUUGUAAAGCAAUGUUAACGCUUUAUGAUAACAUAAGAGUAAUAAACCUUAUAAGUCCCUCUCUUAGGAAUUCUAUCGAAUUUAGCAGGUGAUAAAAGAAUUCAAAUUUAAACUUAAGCUGUGGAAACAUUAUUUUAUAUUUUAGAAGAGAAAGGCAGUUUAUUUAAUGAGGAGUAUUGGAUAAUGAUAUUUUCUUCUGUUUUAAGACCAAUAUUUGAUGAAAUUUAAUUUACUUUAAGCACAAAUCCAGAACUCAAUUAAUAUUGGUUUAAGGAUAGUUGUCAAAAAGUGUUUUAAAAUAUUUCAAGUCUCAUUAAAAAGCAUUACACAAAGUUAAAAGGAUAAUUACCAGAUUUUCUAAAAUUAUUUUAAAAUUGCAUUCAAAAUUAAAAUGAAAAAUUAGCACAAUUAAGUAUUUAGGCUUUUAAAACCAUGAUUAUGGAUAAAGGACUAUAAUUUGAAUAAAAAGAUUGGGAAUAAAUUUUAUUAUUUAUAUAGUAAAUGCUUAAAUAUACAAUACCAACUAAACUUAAGGAUAUUGAUUAAUCAACUAUUAAAUAAGAAUAAUAAAUUAUAGGAAUACUGAAGAAAUAAAAAUCAAUAUAAAGUAUCACUAAUAAUAUUAUAAAUGAAUGUUAUAGUUAGUGUGCUUCCUAAUUACUAUUAAUUUAAACUAGCAAAGAUAUUUGUGAGCUUUAUCAUUAAAAUUGGAAUUUAAAUCAAUUAGACAAUCUAGAGAAGACCUUUUAUGAAUCAUAUUAAUUUGCAAAAUUUUUUAAUCAAUAAAUAGAACAAAGGUAUAAUAUUUGGAAGUCAGGAUUCAUGCAAGAUAUGAAUGUGUUACCUGGUUUACUGAGAUAAGAAAGAGAAGCAUUUUCUUGUAUGAUUAUGAUUAUAUAAUUUAAAAUGAAAAUGUUAAAAUAAGAAUAGUAAUAAUAAUCAAAGGAAUAGUUAAACAUAUAGUAAUAAUUGAAUUAAGAGUAAAUAAAAGAAUAAUUAAUAAAGGAAUAAUAAUUAAGAUAAUAAUAUGAAAUAGUUUUAAAUAGAUAUUUAUAAAUCUUAUUGGAUUCUAUUAAGUAAUUUAAUACUAAGCAUAUUUAAUUUGUUAAUCAAUAAUAAGAUACUGGUGAUGAUCCUCUAAUUAAAAUAAAAUAAUAUGAGACAGAAAGAGAUAUGUAAAAUCUCAGAACUUUAUUAGAUGUUUCUAUUUUGCCAAAAAUUUUAUUGUUGAGUGAUGAAGAGGUAGUAUGAUUUAAUAAUUUAGAUAAAAUUAAAAUAAAAUGAAUUUUAUGAAUAAUUACUGAAUGCAUGUAGUUUUGUUAGCGAAUUUUGUAUCUUAUAAAUGAGUUGUUAGGACUGUAAAAAAUGUGGUAGAUGCUUGAAUUAAUAGAAAAAUAAUUUAUUUUUUCAAAUUAAGAAAUGCUUACUAAAAUUGUUUGAGUUAAAAUGA